UGACAAGGCGAAAACAAUGAAGAUUGUACAAGUUGCUGUUUUGAUGAUUGUCAUUUUGGGAGUAAGGGCGACCCCCACCAGCCGUCUUUCCUGUUACAAGAAGGUUCUAAGGGAUCGAAAUUGUCAUAAUAUACCAGAGGGAGUCGAUAGUCUUAGACCCCUGGAUGGAAAGCUUCAGGACCACUUUUGGGAUGGCAACAGAUGCGAGAUGGUGUGUUACUGCAAUUUCAAUGAAUUGCUCUGCUGUCCAAAAGACAUUUUCUUUGGACCAAAGAUAUCUUUUGUGAUUCCAUGUAACACCCCUUGAUAAUUGAAUCUUCAGAUUAAACACAAGAUGAAGAAACGGCUGACAAAAGAAAAUGUGAUAUCAUUGAUAAUCAAUACCUCUGCCUUCCUUUUUACAAUUGUUUUCCUUUAAACAGUAAAAUGAUUUAGUAUGUAGUAUUAAGAACAUAUUGUAGUCCACUUCAAGUUUUCUGUAUCUCGAGAGCCUCAAUGCAUGCUAUUGUCCAGGAUUUAUUAUAUUUUAUAUUGUGCACCUUUAUGAUUUUGAUUUACAGCUGCUAUAAUGAAUUUGAACUGCAUCUCACACUAGCACAAUCUUUUUUUACUUUGAUGUCCAUUAUUGUUGAAGCUGCAGAAUGUGACCACGACAGAGAUGCAAGUUCACUAUGUUUUCUUAUUAUAUCAUUAUGACAAGACCACAUUGUGCCCCCCCCCUUUAUAAAACAUGGCAGGAUGCUUUGAACUGUGUUAUUAAAUACAUUUCACUUUA